UUAUAAAGCAUGCUCACCCUCAUUCUGGCACUGUUUGAAAGCCUCAGCACCAGAGCAAAGUUCAGCAUCUUCACAUCAGUGUGUCCAUGCCAGACACGCAGUCAUGAAUGUAGGAAUCUACGUGUGUGUUAUCCUGGCUGCUCUUUUCACUGGCUCUCUAACUCUGCCUUCAAAGUCCAUGAGAACUGAAAGAAAAGCCCUUGUGACAGAAAGCCUACCUGUCCCACUAACCAAUCACACGCGUCAGGCUCGCUCUGCUCCUGCGCCCCCUUCAGGACAGCUGCAAAGUGAAUCAGCCCAGAACAGCCUGAGCCAGCUGCUGGCCAGACUCCUCUCUAGAAAAAGCUCAUCCCUCCAGACCAGAUCCUCCCUCACCAGCAGAGCUGCAGCCCCCAGUCACAGGAUAAAGGACAGAGAUUACCUGGGAUGGAUGGACUUUGGGCGACGUAGUGUGGAGGAGUAUGAAUAUUCCCCAUAAAGCUGCAAGUUUCAUCUCUCAACAUCUAAAUCAAAGCCCUAAAACACGGUUCACCCUUUUAAUUCUGCACCAAAUGAGAGAGGACUUUUCAAGCUUUUAAUCAAAACAAAUCAAAAUAUUCACCUUUUGUUUCUGAUUUUGUUCUGAACAUGUUUAGAACAAAAAAAAUCUUCAUAUCAAAUCAUCUACUAGUUAAAAUGUAAGCAAAUUCACACAAAAAUACCACAUCUCAUGGGAGAAAGAAGAGGCACAGCUUGUCAGCUUCAUUCACAAACCUAUAUAAAGAUAUAUAGGAAUAGUACUAGAUUAGAGGCAUCAGUGACACAUAAAAAUCAAGGAUUACAAGAUCUGCAUGCACUAGUUCUACAUCUUAAAGAAACAUGGUUUCAUCUGGAAGGAUGUUUGUCCUCUGUAAUAAAAUAAAUCCAGAAGUUGUUUUGAUCCCAUUUCACAUUCACUUUCUGUCAAAUAAAUGUUGAUUGUUCUCUGGGAAGGCAUUAAUAAAAAAACUGAAAUGCAUUUUUUUUUUUUGAGAAAUAAUUGCAUUUUGAGAGCAGUUGGUUGGCUCACUUGGAAUGUGUCCCAUCACCGGGGUGGAGGAAAACACAGAAUGUCUCUGUAAGCGGCGAGCGUCUGACAGCAUCCAUGCCAUGAAAACUAUGAAGUACUGACAGCUUUGACAAGUGUAAACAAAUUCUAAUCUCACAGUGCUGAUCCGGACUCUGACAUGCAUGUGACUUUAUGACUAUGAAUGAUUGACGGUAUUCUCUAUAGCAUAGACAUCAGCAGAGGUAAAAGAACAUUUCUAUGUUAUUUGUAAGAAUACAACUGCCUCCUGAAUAGAACUUUAUGUUUGCUCACUUAUAUUCUGCACACUGAAUAAAAAUAUUUCUAAAUCAGUUGUAAUGA